AUGAUAUUCGAUGCCUCACACCCUGAUGAUCAACCCACCCUCAUAGUGGGUCAGGUGGCCCAUCUCAACGCUCUGACAUGGCAUGAUAUUCGAUGCAAGCUUGAACCCCGAGUUACUGAAGAGGCAUGGAAACGCGGUCUCUCCUGCGUGUCCACGUGUCCCGGCGAAUGCGUGGAGUUGUGGCCCCGCGGCGCGGGGCUGGCGUCGUUGCCAGCUCGCCGCUCGCGUCACGCCGCUCCGUCUCGCUCGCACGCGCUCGCUAAACUAGUGCGCUCGUGGCAUAGGACGCAGAGAGAGCAUGAAUAUGUCGUGCUGAUCUGCCGCAAACGCGACGUGUACGCGAGCGCUGUGGCGAUCGCUCGCUGCUACCCGCAGUACAAUGCGCGUUCUGGCCCCGGGCUGCUCGGCGCCGCCGCCGAAACGCCGCAAGCUAGAACUGUCUACGUGGAGAUACAGCUGACGAGUGACGACCAGAGAGAAGGGGAACAGGAAGACGAAGGCGUGGGCCCCCUAGAUCCCACCCUGCUAGACAACACAUUGUCAACUGAGGAGCUGUCUGCCAUCCAGGCGGCUGCGGACUCUACCCGCCUCGCCGCCAAGAUCGCUGACACACCCUGCAACAUUAUGAAUGUCGACAAGUUUAUUGAGGAGGCCUGCCGCGUGGCCAAAGAGUUGGAUCUCCCCGAGCCCACCAUCAUUCGCGGCGAGGAACUGAAGGCGCGCGGCAUGGGCGGCAUUUACGGCGUCGGCCGCGCCGCCAACUGCCCGCCAGCACUAGUGUCCCUGUCUUACAACGUGCCCGGGGUCGAUAAAAGUGUAGCCUGGGUCGGAAAAGGGAUCGUCUAUGACACUGGUGGUCUUAGCAUCAAGGCUAGGACCUCCAUGGUGGGUAUGAAAGGCGACUGCGCGGGCGCAGCGGCCGUGUUGGGAGCGUUCGCCGCGGCCGUGCAAGCCAAGCCGACGGUCAACCUGCACGCCGUGCUCUGUCUGGCUGAAAAUGCCGUCGGCCCUGACGCUACUAGGCCUGACGAUAUCCACCAGCUGUAUUCUGGCCGCACUGUGGAAAUCAACAACACUGAUGCUGAGGGUCGGCUGGUGCUGAGUGACGGGGUGGUGUACGCGCACCGGGACCUGAAGGCCGACACCAUCGUGGACGUGGCCACACUCACCGGCGCACAGGGCACGGCAACGGGCAAGUACCACGCGGGUAUCGUGUCCAACAGCGCUAGUAUCGAGCGGCGCUGCGUGGCGGCGGGCCUGCGCGCCGGGGAGCUGGCGCACGCGCUGCCCUUCGCGCCGGAGCUGCACUUUACGGAAUUUAGUUCCACCGUCGCCGACAUGAAGAACAGCGUCGCGGACCGCGGCAACGCGCAGCCAUCUUGCGCCGGGUUGUUCAUCCUGGCGCACCUCGGGUUCGACUUCCCCGGCACGUGGCUGCACGUCGACAUGGCGGCGCCGGCGCACUCGGGCGAGCGUGCGACCGGGUACGGCGUGGCGUUGCUCACCGUGCUGUUCGGGGCACACACACACAACAAGCUGCUGAAGGCGCUCAGCCCUCCCGACUCAUGCUAA